AGCAACCACAUCUAUUCUUCGUGCUGUGGAGCGUCAAACCCUCACACACCUGUAACGCUCGCGUACACGCAUCCCCCCAAAAACGUGAGCAAGCAGUCUUUUCUAAAUAUCUGCCCUCACUUUAAGCAUUCCUGCACGUUAAUUGAUACCCGUAAAUCACCGCCAGGCGGAUUUAAUAGCCCUCCAAAACAUCAACGACUGAAGGCCGAAAAUGAAUCAGUCAGUGCUGCCGUUAGUUCAGAGCCUGGUGGAGAAGAUGCUCACGGCGCGGGACACGCGCAUCCAGCGCCAAAUUCUAAUAAAAGAAGAAGAAAUACGGACUGUUUUACGGGUGGUGCGAGAAGUCUUUAUGUCUCAGCCGAUGCUGCUAGAGAUUCGCCCACCGGUGCGCGUGUGUGGUGACACGCACGGCCAGUACUACGAUCUCCUCCGCAUUUAUGAGAAGUGUGGCUUCCCUCCGUACUCGAACUACCUGUUCCUUGGCGACUACGUAGACCGCGGCAAGCACAGCAUUGAAACGAUCAUGCUGCAGUUCUGCUACAAGAUCAUCUACCCCGAGAACUUCUUUCUCCUGCGCGGCAACCACGAGUGCGCUAGUAUCAAUAAGAUGUACGGCUUCUUCGAUGACGUGAAGCGCCGGUACAACAUCAAGCUCUUUAAGACCUUUACGGAUGUAUUCAACACGAUGCCUGUGUGCUGCGUUAUUAGUGAGCGGAUAAUCUGUAUGCACGGCGGCCUUAGUCCGGACUUGACAUCUGUCGGUGCCGUCCUUGACAUCGAUCGCCCAUGUGAUGUCCCCGAUCGCGGUAUCCUGUGCGACCUGCUGUGGGCUGACCCGGAGGAUGACGUGCAGGGCUUCUUAGAGAGCGACCGCGGCGUGAGCUACCUGUUCGGCGAGGACAUCGUGAACGACUUCCUGGACAUGGUAGACAUGGAUUUGAUUGUGCGAGCGCACCAGGUGAUGGAGCGCGGGUACGGGUUCUUUGCGAGCCGCCAGCUGGUGACGGUGUUCUCUGCACCGAACUACUGCGGCGAGUUCGACAACGACGCUGCCGUGAUGACGAUCGACGACAAGCUGCAGUGCUCCGUUGGUUUCAGCUCCUUCGCUGGUUCGACGAAGUUAACAUGUACAAUUGCACGGCAGCGUUUUCUCUUUUUUCUAUAUUUACAUGCAAUCAAAAAAAAGAAGUAUGUGCGGUGCUAUACCUCCUUGUUCGUCCUCUCUGCUUCAGCUGUUGUUUCUUCUAGUAGACUAGAACUCGAUCUUUUUUCUCCCCUCUUUUCUCCGCUGACACAGCUGUAUCGCAACGCGAAACAGAUCACCCAAAGAGCACGGUUAGAGGUUGCAGUGAAGGGUUCACCACAUUUUAUACACUUCUUUUUCCCGCUUGGUUCGUUCGUUUCGAGGUAUUCGUCUGUUAAUUAUUUUAAUGCAAGUGAAUGUGGAGUUAGCGAAACGUCUUCAUUGGCAGGCCCGCAGCGUACUGCUUUCCUAUAUAUCUAUUCCAUCCGGUGUGAAUCGAGCGGAUUAGGUGAAAGUGGAGCGGGAGUGAUUGAAAUGUGUUGA